AUGGAGGCCAUGAGAAGGCUUGUCCUCUUGGCCGUCUUCAUUGUGCCAUGUUUGGCGGAGUUGAACUGGACCAAGUCUGAAGGCAAAUCAAGCUGCCAGUCCAGCUUGGGAGGCUCCAGCCAAUCAGAUGCCCACAGGGCCCUAAUCCUGCAACUCAAUCCCAAUGAGGACUGUACCUGGACAGUAGAAAGACCAGAAAAUAAAAACAUCAGAAUCAUCUUUUCCCAUUUCCAGCUUGAUCCUGAUGGAAGCUGUGAAAGUGAAUACAUUAAAGUUUUUGAUGGAAACUCUACCAACGGGUCUCUGCUAGGGCAAAUCUGCAGUAAACAUGACUACAUUCCUGUUUUUGAAUCAUCCAGUUCAUUAACGGUUCAAAUCAUCACCGACUCUGUAAGACUUCAAAGAACUGUGUUCAUCUUCUACUACUCAUUCCCUUCUGGCACCUCUAUUCCAAACUGUGGUGGUUACUUGGACUCCUUAGAAGGAUCUUUUACCAGCCCCAAUUACCCAAACCCACACCCUGAGCUGGCUUACUGCGUAUGGCACAUACAAGUGGAGAAAGGUUACAAGAUAAAAUUAAACUUCAGAGACGUUUUCUUAGAAGGGGACGAACACUGCAGAUUUGAUUUCAUUGCUGUCUAUGAUGGUCCCUCCACCACCACUGGCCUGAUUGGACAAGUGUGUGGCUAUGUGAGGCCCACCUUCGAAUCCUCGUCAGACUCAUUGACCGUGGUGCUAUCGACAGAUUACGCCAACUCCUACCGGGGCUUUUCUGCUUCCUACACUUCAAUUUAUGCAGAAAAUAUCAACACUACAUCUUUAACUUGCUCCUCUGACAAGAUGAGAGCCAUCAUAAGUAAAUCCUACCUGGAAUCAUUUACAUACAGUGAGAAUAACAUACAACUGAAUGACCCAACUUGCAGACCAAAAAUAUCAAACGUGGUGGAAUUUUCUAUCCCUCUUGAUGGAUGUGGGACAAUCAAAAAGGUAGAAGAUCAUUCAGUUACUUACACCAAUAUAAUCACUCUUAUUCCAUCCCCCACGUCUCAAGUGAUCACCCGUCAGAAACAUCUCCAGAUUGUUCUGAAGUGUGAAAUGGAAUCUAAUUCUACCGUGGAGAUGAUGUACAUAACAGAAGAUGACGUAAUACAAAAUCAAAGCGCACUGGGCAAAUAUAACACAAGCAUGGCUCUUUUUGAAACCGAUUCAUUUGAACAGCCUAUACUGGAGUCACCGUAUUAUGUGGAUUUGAACCAAACACUUUUUGUGCAAGUCAGUCUGCGUACCUCAGAUCCAAAUUUGGUGGUGUUUCUGGACACCUGCAGUGCCUCUCCCACGCCUGACUUCGCAUCUCCAACCUAUGACCUAAUCAAGAGGGGAUGUAGUCAAGAUGAGACUUGUAAGGUGUAUCCCUUAUCUGGACACUAUGGAAGAUUCCAAUUUAAUGCCUUUAAAUUCUUGAGACGUCUGGGCUCCGUAUAUCUGCAGUGUAAGAUCUUGAUAUGUGAUCAUAGUGACCAU